AUGUCAAUCCGAAUUCCGCCGGCUUCUUGGGCAUUUCGCGGUUUCGUAUUGUGUUUCGUCUUCCUCAGCUCGUUUCCAGGAACAAUACUAACACAAGAAGUCACACUCGAUUCUAUUCGGAUUUUCACGACUCACGAUUGGUUCUCCAUAAAGCCUACAGUCUAUUUCCAGUGUAAAGGAGAGAACAAGACCGUGUUUCCUGAUGUUAAGAACACGAAUGUUUCUUAUUCUUUUAAAGGCGAAGAAUCUUGGCAGCCACUGACCAAACUCGAAGGAACAAAAUGCAAGAGAUGUGGAAUCUAUGAGCAAGACCCUCUUACACAUGACACAUUUGACGAAUGGGAGCUUUGUCCUUCUGAUUUCACAGCUGAGGGUACAUACACACACGGCAGAGAGAAAGAAUUCAAUGCUACUUUUCUCUGCCAUGGAUGCUCACAAGUCGGACCUGGUUCGAAUAAAGAAUCUGGCACUGAGAAAGAAGAAGAAAGACGUGGAAUGCGUCCUGCAAUCGUGGUACUCAUUGUAGUACUUGUGUUAGGUGUAGCUGCGGCAGGACUUGUGGUGGGUUAUAAGUACUGGAGAAAGAAGAAACGGCAACAAGAGCAAGCCCGCUUUCUCAAGCUGUUUGAAGACGGUGAUGAAAUGGAGGAUGAACUUGAACUUCAAAAUACUCUAUGA